CUUCACAUCGCAUUUGUAAAGUGUCAGUCGGCCGGUCAACACGCGAUCCGUGAAUUUCGCUUGAGGCAACUCGCUGCUGCUAAAUCUAAACUUCGUCCGUCAACUUUUGGCCUGAUCGGAGAAAAAUUGUGCCUUUCGGUUUCCGUUUCGUGAGUUUGCUUGCCUUCUAGCCACAAUGGUGUACGUCGUAAAGGAUGCUGCUGACUUCGACAGCCAGUUGGAAGCCGCAGGCAGCAAGCUGGUCGUGGUGGACUUUUUCGCAACCUGGUGCGGCCCCUGCAAGGUGAUCGCUCCCAAGUUGGAGGAGUUCCAGAGUAUGUACGCCGACAAAAUCGUCGUCAUCAAGGUCGACGUGGACGAGUGCGAAGACCUGGCCGCCAAGUACAACAUCACUAGUAUGCCGACCUUUUUGUUCCUCAAGGAUAAGAACGUCGUCCAGUCGUUUUCCGGUGCCAACGCCGAAAAGCUGGGCUCCUGUAUCAAGAAACUCAUCGAAUAAACGUGUUAGAUGGUAUCCUCAUUUGUAUAGAAAUGCAACCGUGUCUUGAGUAUGAGAGAGGGGUACGUUGAAGAUUGUCUGCCUGAUUGGGCCUCCUCGUUGACCGUCUACAUAAUUGUAAAACAUUUUCGAUAAUCAACAUUUCCAAUUAUUGUGCCCUUAGUAUUGAUGCGGUGUUCAAAAUGCUUGCCACAAACCAGUUAGCAGCUUAGUCACGAUUUCCAUACACACUCAAAAAGUAGAAUAACAUAACAGCCAUUUGCGGCACAGGUUUGGAUAGCGACAGACACGAAGUUCAGCACAACUGAUUGGAGAUAUGAAGCAAAGAAAGUGACAGAGGAAUACACUCUAAUUGUUCACGUCAAAA